AGUCUCUCUUGUGCCGGCAUCGCGAACACGGCUCUUGAGGUCUCUUUCGGUGGUCGAGGUCUUUCCAUUUGGUUUAAACCUAAUUAGCCAAGCGGUGAGGUAAUCUUAAUGAAGUGGCUUAAUUCCAAAACCGUGAAUUAACAAAUUUUUCACCAUGGCUGUUGUGAAAGAAGUGUAAAUUGUGCAGAUUUUGUGGGUUUUCUUGAUGAUGUUGAGAGGAAGUUGUACCAUGUGUUUGUGUGUUGAAUAGGAUUGCUCAACGGCAAAAUCAACGAACUGAAAAUUAAAAUUUACCUUUCGUCAGUGUAAAAACACGAAGAAAUAAAAGGUGAAUAGUACACAUUGGUGUUUAUCAUUCAGUGUUGUCCCGGAGAUAGCAAUUUGCUGCAUUUUCUGGUACCAGGGACUUACGAAGGGAGAUCUAGGGGAAAACAGUGCAGUGGUAUAUGUGAAGUGGUUGGAGUGAACAAUAAAAUGCACCAAAAUGCCAUUCGUGCAACGUGUUGUGAGUCCAGUUUAUAUUGCACGCUCCACAAGAGCCACAGGGCGACCACAGUCACCCCCAAAAGUGAAUAGUGGCCCUAUUUGCACAGCAAUCCCAGAACCAGGAUGCAGCAGUGCUCUGGUGCAGACAAGCGACACUGGCGAUCAGAUUGCCAGUUCGCAGAAAGUGGUACCUGUGAGUGAUUAUGAGUUGGAGGCAGUGACAAAUGUGACACUGAGCAAUGCCCUCAAGCAAUUGGCAUCGCUGGUCCUCAUUGCUAAUGAUAUCUUCACGGAGCUCAAUAGCCAGCUCCAGGGAGUCAGUGAGCGUUCCCGGGGCAUCAAGCAGCGCAUUGACGUCUUGCAGCAACGUGUGGAGGAGUUUGACCCCAAGAUGGUCACAGUUCCUGAGGGUGACUUGGCCACAUUCGUGCACAUCAAGAAUCACUUCAAGUCAACUGAGACCUUCGCCACGGCCCUCUUCACACCAGCAACUCGCUCCCAGGCAGUUAGGAACCUGUACGAGGCGGCCGCAAAGACGCCCGUUUGUGUGAUGCGAGAAAUGGAUCGAUUGCUGGGCCAGGAUGGACGACGAACCUCCGUAGCAGAGAUUUUCAUGUGUACCCCUGUUCUUGGGCAAACGAGACGUCGUAUUAGGUGUAAUAUUGAUGUGGAGAUUGAAACAAGAAUGCCGGCUGCAAUUGACGACCUGAGGAAGUGGACAUCACUAGAGGCUAUUGGGGAUAUCACAGUGACGCCGGACUGUGUGCCACGUGUGGGAUUCACCGGACAGCUGAACACAACGGACGCCUCAGGCGCCCACCCGGCUGUCGUGGUGACUCCCUGCACCCCACCAUCUGGAGACGAGGACGAGCCAGACGACAUCACGGUCAUCAGCAGCUAUCGCAUCCACAACACUCAGCCCGCCUCGCCAGACGACAUGCCGCUUGACCACAGAUUGCCAUCGCCCGAGGAACAGUGCCAGAUUCUCGCUCAGAAAUUCCCAGCGGAAGUUGUGACGGUGGAUACUUCUGGGAAGCGUUUCGACCGAAUGUGCCACACACGAAAGUCCCUCCUGCAUGCCCAGAACAUUGGGUCAGCAUCAGAGAGCGGUGUCAGUUCGCCCCCGUCCGAUAGUAUUGACAAUCAGACGGUUAAACGACGUUCGAGACCGAAAAAACCACGUGGAAAGCGACGAAAUACUCUUGCAGGAACAGACCAGAAGGAGAUCCAAGAAGCUGCCAAUGGGGAACCCGAGAUUGUGGCGGCACCUGACGAUCUUGAGGACCUCCUAGCAGUGGUGCCAAGGAGUAAGUCCAGCGAUAUCCUCAAGCGUGAUCCAUUUGGUGUGGAACAGGGUCGUACCCUGUCAACGCACUUCAACUCCCUGAAACAAUGGGGCAUGAAUCGCCUGAGAAUGAUGAAUCGUAAUAGCAGUGAGGACAGGAGGGAUGUCCAGAGCGGUGCCAAAUCUUCUGACAUUGAUGAUUUCAAUGUCUACGAAAGCAUUGGCAGUCGCAAUCGCCGAAAGAUGGGCGAAAAGGAGCGUAAGCUUUCGCAUGAACGAAAGCCUUCGUAUUCCUCUUCUGAGAAGAGUAUCUCCAUUGCAUCUCCAGCCAGUAUUAACCCUGUGAAACUGCGGGAAUCUUCAUCUAUACGACGGCAGAGGAGGAUUGGACUGGCAACAAGGGAGGAACCAAAUUCAUCCAGUGGCAAUUGGAGUGCAAGUUCCGAAUCUGGAAGGACAUCAAUUGGAAGUGAAAUUACGGCCCAGCCAAAAUCUAGCGCUUCCAGCAACAGUCUCAAUCACAAUCAUCACCCAGGGAGUGGACCUCCUAGUUCCAUUAUCAGUCGGAGGAGAUUUCUCAACACUAGCGCUUCGAGCAGUGUCACUAGUGAAGGAACAGCUACUCCUGAUCUUCAAGGGCAUGAGAUGUUCUAUGACGAUGGAGAAACGAGUUCAGCCUAUUCCUGUGACACUGAGGGCUACUACACAUCCUUCCAUGUGGAUUCUGGGCUAAAGACCCUUAAAGAAGAGGAACCUGUAACUCCUUUGCAUACCUCCUCAGCUCUCUCUUCCACAAAUUCCUUCUCCAGUUCUGGAAAUCAAACCGUCCUAUCGGCAGAGAAUGAAUAUGAACUGUUUGGCAAAGGAUCCACUUCAACUACAACAAGUUCAGCUGGAACGGUAUGUACAACCCUAAAGGCAGCUGGAAGCGACAGGAGCUUAAUUGUAGGACCUACUGUUCCGGAACGCAAGAGUUCCCUCACAAAGCUAAAUAGAAGUAGCAGUACCAACAGUGGUGGUACUCUUGAGAGAAGCUACUCCAGUAGUACAGUUGGUAGUACCCUUGAACGAACAGGAACCAUCAAGAGAAAUGGAAUCCUGUUGCAGAAGGAAGUGGCUGCAGUAGUUCAUCAGAAAGCCACCAGGACAGAUUCUCCGGAUAGUGGAAAUAAUACUAGUUCAUCUCCAGUUGAAUCCAAUGCCAAUUCCAGUCCUACUCAGGGCGUGAGGAGUUAUUCGGAGUUUGAAUACUCAGAAUCGUCGGAUCUCGAGGGUGUGGACAGAAUUGAGAGGAUUAGGAGCAAAACAACAAUUAAUUCCAGUAGGAUUCCCUCCAUGUGCGUUAUUACGCCAACGAACAGCGACGAUGAGUACCAGACGGUUAUUGCUAAGAAAGAACAGAGGCAAAAGAUGGAAAUUCCAUUGCAGGAAACUGAUCUGGACUCCUUGGAAUUCAAUACAACCAGCGAGAAGGCUGAUAGUGAUCGAAUGCAGAUCAUUACAGUCAACCAAACUACGGGCUAUGCUACUGUUCAGACUGUUGAAACUCCAAAAGCCAUUGUUCCUGGAACGUCCACAAAACCCUCUGAGCUCAAGAAGGAAGUUCAGUAUGUUAAGAAGACAACUCUCCUCCCAUUGAAUUCAAUGCUGGGCAGACUAAAGGGAGUCUUACCAAAUUUGUCUAAGCUCAAGAGUCCCCAGAAAGACAUCCAAGAGAAUCAAAGUGCUCAAGAGGGUGCAACAUUGGAAUCUCCCACGGAACCCGAUACAGCCGGGGAAUAUGUGACCAUUGCGGACGUGAAGAAUAACAACAAAACCACGGGAGGAGUUUAUUACUCAAACGACGUUGUUAAGCGGAACCUGGCAACGGUCUUGUCGGGAAAUCUCGCCGAAGAGACGGAGUAUGUGUCUCUGAAUGAACUCCCGGCUAACAUGCGAUGCGAGAGCAAUCUGUUGUCCUCCAGCAUCGCCACGGAGAAGAAAAUCGAUACGGAAGCAAAGAAUGAAAGUAGGGGUGCGCGCGUCAUGCUGGAUGCGCAAGGGAAAGUUGUAUACAGUUCAGACAGUCUCAAACGACGAAAGGGAGCACACACAACUUUUGCCCCUGGACCGUGUGUCAAAGACACCAAUUCAGAGCAUCAGGAGAGCCCCACUGGCCUCCGGAAGCCCUCCAUUGUGCGCCCUGUUCCAGUGAUAAAUCCCGCCCGAAGGUACGCGAGUGAGAAUCAGGCCAACACGGCCAAUGAACCCUUGAAGGAGGAAGACGAAUCCACCCACGCGCCCCAGUUGCCAAGUGAGGAGGGAAAAUCCCAUCCAGCCCCAAUGCUCCCAAUUGGGUCACUGCAAUCCGGGGCCUAUGUGAACCUCCAAUGUGAUGAGGACACAUACCUGCCACCACCCCCACCGCUUCUCUCAAGUCCAGGCUAUCUACCUUCGUACCAUGACGACCCUCGGACCCACCUAGCCACCCUACCACGUGCUCCGGCCGCUUGUUCUCCGGUGGCACCGCCCGCCGCCGUCUACGAAAGCGUCGGAUCGACGUACUGGACGCUGCAGGCGCGAAAACCACCCGUCGAGGCGCUCUAUUCUACACCCAAUAAGCCCAAGAGGACACCACUCAAGACCACGCCACUCGGCUUCGAGACCUUCUUCUCACCUGUUAAGGAGACUCAGAGAGUUGCGGAGAGUCCUACCGAGUCUCCGAUAGAUCCAAGAAGUGGCGGGAGCAUGAGAACAUCGACUCCAUCGCGUGUGGAAUCUCCGAGAUCGCCCACUGUUAAGCCUAAUUUGGCGGAAGAACUGAGAACGAAGCUGAGGAUUCACGAGGGAGUCAGGUCUAAUGGGAAUAGCCCCUCGAGUUCUGGUAGGUCCACUCCUCGUGGGAUCUUGGAACCGCAACAGCCAAGAGGUCGGCACAGUUGGGCUUCGGAUGCCGUUGAGAUUCCUCAGACGUGUUCUGACCGCAUGGGUGCCCCUAAGACCAGCCUCAUGGACUUCAAGCGACUACUGCUGGCCAAGGCAGGAAAGAGCAGCGUGACCACGAAACCAUCUGCCGUUGAGCAGCUCCUGAAGAAACCAAAGGAACUGCCAAGUCCAGUCAAACCCACCGUACUCAAUACCAGUCUCAAGAUUCAGGAUCUCAGCGGAUCUCCCAAGACCUUUGCAAGUCGCAGGAUGAUCCGCCAAGGCAACUUUGGGGGUUCUCCAGCAAAACACAUGUCCCCCAGAUCAGCCAAUUGGCGCCUGAACAAUGCCAAGAAGCAUGAUGUGAUGUCCACGGCAAUCCCUGAAGCCAACAGCGAAGAGGACAAUUCUUCAAGCCCAGGGAAUUCAACAAGACGAAGCUCAGCAGGUUCCGCAGGAGAUCCAGUAGAUAUCAAGACAGAGACGAAGAAUGUGGUAGAGGAGAUUGUGAAGAUGAAAGACAACAUAUUCCUCAAAGCUGAAGAGAAUAACUUCAUGAAGCACGAAAUGCUGAAGACACCCGGCUAUGCUUCCAAUCGCAGUCAAAUGCUUCAGGCUCAGAGGGCUCAAUUCCUCAUGGGACUCAAUCCGGCUACUGGACCUAAAACCCAAAGUGGCUCCCCUGAACCAGCUGCCAAGGGAACUCCAUCACUGGAAACAGCGCUCUGAUCCGCUUAUCCAGCUUCCGCCAGACUCCCAUCAACUCCAUGAUCGCAAUAAAUCGUAGACUGUUUUAGGAUUUAUUAAUUUUUAAAUGGAAUUCACGAGAAUGACGCGCGAAAUCGAAUCCCAUAAUAUCGAAUUACUUUGUUGCUACUUUCCUAUGAUAGUUAUUCUAAAUGAGAAGAGCAUUUUAAUAUAUAUGACACCAAGUCCUAUGUAGAAUUUAUACAUAAAUUAACUUAUUUGUAAUUUAUGACGGAAUUUUUUAUAUAUCGAUCAUCACAUUCGGAUCAUCCAAACAUGGACAACAAACUGCCACAAUUUUUGAAAAAAAAACACACAGAGAUGUUGUCGAAAUAGAGACAACUGGCCUUAUUUUUGUAAUAAUUCUAACUUUACACACACUAUACACACAGUUCAGUAAUUGAGAAAAUUACAUUCAAAUAGAUCAAGAGAUUUACUUCUUUCUGGCUUGUGAAGGAGCUUUGUAUCAGUUUUCAGGCAAUAGACCUUAGAUCCAAGAUUCAAUUGACACAAUUGACAGCGUCAAAUGUGACAGUUUCUUUACCGACUGUUGCAUGGUUUCAUUUACUUGAAGAAAAGAUAAAAGACAAAUUUAACUUUAUAAAAUUGAGCCGUUACGACGCCAUAAUGUCUCAAAGCCAAAUCAGACACUAAAUUUCAGAAAGAUCAUGACUAACUGCUCUUGCAUUUUCCACUUUAUUGCUAAUCUUAAAAUCGAAUUUACUAGAUUUUUAAGUCAUGCAUUCAUAAACAUUUUAUCUUUCCAGUCAAUAUUGUGCCAAGUUCUAUUGCUAUUUACUAAAUAAAACUUAUGUCUAUUCGCCUGAAAACCAACAUUCUCGCAUGAAAGAUCAAUUGAAAAUUUUAGCUUAAAAAAUAGAGAAAAAAAAUAUCACAAUUUUAUCCAUGUUUUAUCAGAGUCUAGAAUUGUCAAGAAAAAAAUUUACUGUAGAAGCUUUUUUGUAAUUGUUUGUUUAUUAACAUUGUUGUAUGUCUUUCUUGCGUACGAUAGGAAGAAAAAAUUGUAAUUGUAUCUUCUGAAAAUAUACACUAUCAACGAUA